AUGGCCGAUUUAUUGAAUCUGAGACCACAUAAGAAAGAAGCGAUUACGAUAUCCGGUUUCGGUGAAUCCAACAAGAAGGUUAGAAAUUUACAAAUUGCUACUAUCUAUAUAAAAGGUCUAACGAAUACGCUUAUCCCUAUUGAAGUUCUUAUAGUACCACAGAUUGCUCAUACGAUACAUACUUACGCAAGGAACCAGUCGAGUUUUACGCAUUUAAAUGGAUUGAAGUUAGCCCACCCAGCUUUACAGGACGAGGAUUUUGAGAUAUCAGUCUUAGUUGGCGCCGAUUAUUAUUGGGAUAUAGUUAGAGACAGAGUAAUUAGAGGUUCCGGACCAACCGCUGUACAGUCCAAAGUUGGAUACUUGCUAUCAGGACCUAUACAAUUGAACACUAACAGUUAUAAUCAAUCAACGUCAUCGAUUAUGAAUAUUUUGACCCCACACAGACUAGAAAAAUUUGAAAUACAUAAAUUCUGGGAAAUCGAAUCCAUAGGAACAGAAAAGGACAGUGAAGUGAAAGCGAAAAUGGACUUACAAGAAAUGACCACUUACCAAGAUAAUAACAUUAAUUUGAAAGAAAAUAGGUACAUCGCCAUGUUCCCAUGGAAACAGGAACAUCCGCAGUUGCCUAGCAACGAGAUGAUCGCCAGAAAGAGAACAUACAACGUGAUAACCCGACUUGCUAAAGAUCCAGAGAUGCUUAAAAUAUACGGUAACAUUAUUAACGACCAAGAAAAUCGAAGUUUUAUAGAGAAGGUUGAGAACCCGGAUGAGACUACUAAUCGAGUGCAUUAUAUUCCGCACCACCCAGUGAAAAAAGAUUCAUCGACUACACCGAUACGUAUAGUAUAUGAUUGCAGUUGUCGCAAAGAUUCAGAAUCACCCAGCUUAAAGGAUUGCCUUUCUUCUGCACCGCCGCAGCUUUAUAAGUUAACAGAUAUUGUUACAAGAUUACGCGACGGAAAAUACGCCUUAACAACUGAUAUUGAGAAAGCAUUCCUCCAAAUUGGACAAAACGAAGAAGACCGCGAUACACCCGAUUUUUCUGGCUUAGAGAUCAUAGCAACCCCAAGAGUGAACUUGAGACAUACAGAUUCAAGGUAA